AUGUACGAAGGGAUUGACAACCUGAAAUCCCUUUACGACCGUGCCGGGAAGACUUUCUCCGGCGGUCCUUCUGCGGCACAGGAUGUGUCGCGUCGUACUGCUCGACCAGACCCAGUACGUCAACCAUCAAUUGGGAGCGGGGCUCCCAAGAAUCCCAGGACGGGGGAUAGCCGCGCCACCGGACGAGGUAACUCGUCCGACGUCCGUUCACGUCGCGGUGGUUCAACAGCUGCUCUACUAGAUAGCGCUGGCCACCGCGAGAGUCCUCUAAUGGAGGUGGAGGAGGAGGAAAGACGCUCUCCACACGAUCAUGUGGAUCGGUGUGUUCCCGAGAGCUUUCUUUUGAUCGCGUAA